AUGGUACGAAAAAGGCGUGCUCUUACGGAAGAGGAAGAGCAACAAGGUCGGGAGUCCCAAAGAAGGAAAUUUGUUGCCUGUCAAAGAUGCCACUCGCAUAAAAUCAAAUGUUCCGGAGACCAGCCGUGUAGCAAAUGCCGCACGGUAGGCGUCGCUGAUGAAUGUGCCUAUGCUACUCGGGAUCGCCAGGUGAAAGUUAGUGAAAACUAUUUGGAUCAGAUCCUCGCAGAGAAUCAGCGGCUUAAGGAACGGUCGAUCACCUCGGCUCAAGUCGCCGAGACCAACGACCCCUCGCAAAGAGGCCCUGCCAAGACAGCAGAUGUCCCUGAUGGAACAGGCAUUCAGAAUCCAUUGAUUGGAGAUCGAGCCUGGUUUCACCGGUAUGAUCCCUCUUCGCCGCCCAUCUACAUCGGCGAGGCAGCAUGUUCAGCAUUCGCGACACGGUUUCGGCGUUUCUUGUCGGGGAAUAGUGGAAUGCCACAUAUUCCGCGAACACAGUAUGAGCGCGAAGAGACAAUCGCCGCAGCGAACGAAGCCGAUAUCCAGUGGCCGAGUCUUCACCAUGCCCGGUUGUUAGUCCGGAUAGCAAUCCACCAGAUCGGACAUCUGUACCACCUCAUGAUGCGCAAGUCGACUUUAGAUAAACUGGAAGAAAUCUACCAGACACAAGACUUUGACUGCGCGGCUAACAAGUGUAAAUUCUUCGCCUUGUUCGCCUUUGGCCAGGCGUAUUCAAUCAGAUCUGAGCCCAAUUCUGGCUCCAGGGUACCAGGCACAUCGUAUUUUGCUCGGUCAAUGGGAUUGGUCCAGAUCCUGCCAGAGAGAACCAGUGUUACACACCUGGAAACCCUGCUACUGUUGUCUCUUUUCUCAUACUAUCUCAACCGGCGUCAUUCAGCAUACAUCCUGAUUGGAAACGCCAUGCGGAUGGGUUUGACCAUCGGCUUGAAUCAUAAUAUCCCGGAAUCACAGCUCAUCGACCCAGUGGAGCGCCAACACCGCAUCCAAAUAUGGUGGACGAUCUACAUCUUCGACCGGAUGUGGGGGUCCAAAAUGGGUCUCCCAAUGCAAAUCCUCGAUGAAGAUAUCCACGUCGACAUGCCGUCAACCAUCUCUCCCCGCUGGCGCCACGAGGAAGAACUCUCCGACUCAGAAUACAUGACCGCCAACAUCAAGCUGGCACGCAUAGUGGGCGAGACAAUCACCCGACUAUAUAGCCGGCGAAAGUACCAAGAAACCUUCCUCCAACGCGUUCAGAAACUCCUCAAAGCCCUGAAACACUGGGUAGAAACACUCCCCGAAUCCCUCAGACUCAACAUGGAAGACCUAGAAUCGAGCAAGAAACCCAUCGUCUCACUCCACAUGGCCUUCAACCAAUGCGUGAUCCUAACGACGCGCCCAACGCUACUUCACCUCUUAAUGACACUAAGCAAAAAGAGGAAACCUCACCCCAAUACCGGCAAUCGUACCAGUGGAGCCGAGACCGAAAGCGAUAGCGAAGACGUAUCCGUUUCCCAACCAGUCCUUACCCUAAGCGAAGCAUGUAUUCAUGCAGCGCGACACUCCCACUCCAUGAUCCUGACAAGGUGGAUCAACGGGUCCAUGCCAACCUUCGGCUAUUUCCACGCGCACUACCUCUUCUCCUCGGCAUUGAUCUUGGCAAUGUCCAGCUUUGUACCAAUCGGCAGUCCGACUGAUAUGACCGCGUUCGACUCCGCGCUGGAUCUGCUACGCUCUAUGGCCGAGAAUGGGAAUUUGGCGGCGGCAGAAUUCUAUCGGAAUCUCGAGCAGGUGAAGGUUUGUUUAGGUGAGUAUCAGGGAGGAAGGCGAGAUGACGGGAAUGCUGAUAUGGCUGCUGGUGGAGGUGUCGCUCCUAAUACCAACGCUAAUGCUAGUGGUAAUGCUGCUCCCUCUGGCAAUGGUGCAGUACCUUUGUCUGGGCCUUCGUCGGAUUUAGCAACAGCUACUACUCCUUUUUUGAACGCCUUGCCACUGAACCCGUCCACAUCGGCAACUAUACCUCCGGCAUCUUUGAUGCCCACAACGCACAGUAUCCUUGCUUCUGCCCCAACCACACAACCUGUCCAUAACCAUGGAUUCGAUGCAUAUUCCUAUCCCUUGAGGGAUGCCGUCAGUGGGUACACGACCGAAAUGGCGUUUCUAGAGCCGACCAUGCAAGAUUUUCUGGCCCAGUCAGAUAUUGACCUUGGGCUGCUGCAUCCUGUUGAUACGUUCUUUAACGAGGCUGAGAAUCUGUAUACAUGCCACGAGUUUUGA